CGCCCGUCCCGCCGGGGCUGCCCGCGGAGGGGCCGCACCCCGCGCCGCGGGACCUUGGCUUUGCCCUUCGCUCGGCAGGUGGCGGGGCCAGCGGAGAAGGAUGCGUGUCUUCCCGUGGGGAUUUUGGCUGCUGUGUGUCGCCUCCGCCCCGGCUCGCGGUGACAGCGGCAGCAAGGCGAGGAGCUGCGCCGAGGUCCGGCAGCUGUAUGGAGCCAAGGGCUUCAGCCUCAGCGGCGUGCCCCAGGCCGAGAUCUCCGGGGAGCACCUGCGAAUCUGCCCACAGGGAUACACCUGCUGCACCAGCGAGAUGGAGGAGAACUUUGCAAACAAAAGCCGAAGUGAAUUUGAAGCCAUGAUGAAAGAGGCUGGUCGCUCUGUGCAGGCCAUCCUAACAGCACAGCACAGGAGCUUUGACAGUUAUUUCCAGGAUUUGUUGAACAAGUCAGAGAAGGCCCUUUAUGAUGCCUUUCCAAGCCUGUACGGAGAGUUGUACACUCAGAACGCGAAGGUGUUCAAGGACUUGUACAGCGAGCUGCGCCGCUACUACCGCAGCUCCAACAUCAACCUGGAGGAGGCCCUCAACGAGUUCUGGACACGGCUGCUGGAGAGGCUCUUCAAGCUGCUGAACCCUCAGUACCACAUCACAGACGAGUACCUGGACUGCAUGGUCAAACACGCCGAGCAGCACAAGCCCUUCGGGGAGGUGCCCCGGGAGCUGAAGCUGAAGGCGACGCGAGCCUUCAUCGCGGCGCGCUCCUACGCACAGGGCUUCCUGGUGGGCAGCGACGUGGUCAGAAAGGUGUCCCAGGUGUCCCUCAGCCAGGAGUGCACCCGCGCCAUCAUGAAGCUGAUGUACUGCCCGCACUGCCGCGGCAUGGCCAGCGUGAGGCCCUGCAACAACUACUGCCUGAACGUCGUCAAGGGCUGCCUGGCCAACCAGGCCGACCUCAGCACCGAGUGGAAGUACCUGAUGGAUUCCCUCAUGGGGGUGGCCGAUCGCAUCGACGGGCCCUACAACGUGGACACCGUCAUAGGCACCAUCCACAUGAGGAUUGCUGAAGCCAUCUCCAACCUGCAGGAGAACAAGGAUUCCAUCACAAGCAAGGUAUUCCAAGGCUGUGGAAAUCCCAAAAUCAGCACAAAAGGCUCCAGCAGUGAGGACAAGAAGAGACGGGGCAAGGUGACAUUGGAGGCCAAGUCCUCUGCCCAGGCCCUGGAGAUGCUGGUUUUAGAUGCCAAAGGGAAUCUGACAGCUCUCAAGACAUACUGGAUCACCCUGCCCAGCAGCCUGUGCAGCAAAAAAGUAAUGGCCAGCUCAGCUUCAGAUGACAAAUGUUGGAAUGGGAUGACCAAGGGCAGUUACCUGCCCGAGGUGAUGGGGGAUGGCCUGGCUAACCAGAUUAACAACCCAGAGGUGGAGGUGGACAUCACCAAGCCGGACAUGACCAUCCGCCAGCAAAUCAUGCAGCUCAAGAUCAUGACAAACCGCCUGGGCAACGCCAACAUCGGCAACGAUGUGGAUUUCCAGGACACCAGUGACGACAUGAGCGGCUCCGGGAGCGGGGACAGCUGUCCUGAUGACGUCUGUGGCAAAAGACUCUCUAAGAGCCCCAGCACCAGGCAGCCAGAAACACACGCCAUUCCUAAGCAGUCCGGACACGGCGUCCAUGGGGCCAGCAGCCGAUCUUUGCCUUCUGCCUCCCUCCUCCUCCUCCUCCUCUGGGUGGCUGCCGUGGCCCCGCAGCACUUGUGGCGGUAACUCGCUGGCACAGCCAGGACACAGACUGCGGCUGAGGGCUUCACUUUGCCAAAACCAACCAACCAACAACCAACCAACCAAAGGACGUAUUUAAUUCACCUUGGCAAAAAAAAAAAAAAAAAAAAAGGGAAAAAAAAAAGGAGGAGAAAAAGGUUUUCAGAAGGUUUCAGUUGUUUGCUAUUUCUGGCAGUGCUCGAGCUGUUUUCUUCUUUCUAGGUCUUUCCCCAAUGCUGGGCCCUUCUUUCCAUACCUCAUUGUUUUACUUUUGUUAUUGCCACAAACUGGCUCUUGGGGCUGGAGCCAGCCUCUGCAGAGGGCUCCGGGGAGCCGGGCCGAGCCCUCACGGGCAGCUGUGCUGCUGCUCAGUGGAAUAUGCAAUUGCCCCGCCCCUGUCCCGCCGGGAUCCUCGGCACGGCCCGUGCUGCCUCAGGGGCUCGUUGGGCUCUUCCUCUGUGCUUCCUAGCUGGGCAGAGAUGGCCCUUCACCUCCGGUGGGGUACACAGGAGCGUGAGCAGCUUUGGUGGGUUGAACUGAACGAGUUUGGCAGCGGCUGUUGGACCCAAAAAUGCAGAACUCGCUUUUCUUUGGAAAGGUCACAAGUGGGUUUCUUGACUAGAGCUCGUAGCUGAGGACAAUUUGAAAUGUAGGUUUCCUACAUCUACGUGACUGGGAAUGAGUGUUAGGGGUUGGGGUUUGGGUACUUUUUCUUUGCAUGCUAGUUGGAAAGCCAUUUUUUACCCAAGUAACAAUGGUCCAAUUUGUACCUGCAGUGCAGUACCAUUGUAGGUAACAGAGAGAUGCAGAUGUGCACAGUGGGAUUCUCUGUGUGACAGACACUUGUGCUGCCUCCUCCUUCUCUGGCCCCAGCCAUAGACAGGAAUCCAGGUUUUUUCUUGGUAAUGAGAGAGACCAGGGACAUUUUACUAACUGGAGCUUUGGGACUGGUUGUGCCCCUUCAAGCAGCUGCCUUAGGGCAGAGAGGGGCUGCUGGGGACCACCAUGGGCCCUACCCAGGGCACUGGCUCAGGGGGGAAUGUGAGAAAAGGAAACAUUUUGUUUGGGAUUUCUUUUUACCUUUGGUGUUUGUUUCAGUUGUACUGUAGGUUUUGAAUGGAUUCCCACUUUCCCUGUUCCUUCCCCAUCAUCCAGUUCACCUUCCCUAACCCCUUGCAGGCACGGGCUGAGCCAGUGGGUCAGACCCCCCUGGCAGCUCUGUUUGGGCUCAGGGGAGGGCCAGGCUCACCCUUUGCUCCCAUCCCACCACUCACAGCCUUUGGGUGAUGUGGCAGCUGCCCUAAGCCCAAAUUGCUCAGUGGGGUGGGCUCUGGGCCAGGUUUGAGACUGGGGGUGGUGGGUGAAGUUACAAAUGUCCUCCUGUAGCUGUAGGAGUGUCUGUGCUUGUUAGGGCUGUGUGUUGGGGCUUGCAGAGGCUGCUGUGCCUGAUGGCAGCAGGCCUGGGCUGGAGCCAGAGGUGUAGCAGAGGCUGGUACAGCACAGUCCUGUGACUGCCUGGGCCAGCAGCACUCACAGCUUGGGUUUGAGCUUCACACAGGUUUGUGCUGGGCUGAGAGGGAGGGCACAGCUGGGCUGUCUCCUGCUUUUGCACAGCAUCUGAGCAUUUCUGCUCUGUCUUGCCGGAGGAGAUGUGCCUUUGGGCUGAGCAAACAUUUGGGGUUGGGCUUU